AUAAGUCGGUCCUCAACAAUAUACCAACACUACUUAAAAGGGUGUAUAUGUCAUUUUAAAGUUCCCAUAACUCGGGCCGCCUAUAAAAAGCUCAUGCAUCUCAUCUCAGGAUCAAACAUCAAAUCUCAUCUUCAUAUCUAGUUCGUCUUGAUCUGGUUCAUUUAACCUAAAUAGAGCUAUAUGGGAUCAUUAGUGAAAAAGGGAACGUCAUCUUCGUUGAUGACCGAGUUCUUAGAGAAGUGCGGCGGUUAUGCGGUGGUUGAUGGAGGGUUUGCGACAGAGCUAGAACGACACGGAGCUGACAUCAAGGAUCCACUUUGGAGUGCCAAGUGCCUCAUUACUUCUCCUCACCUCGUCACAAAGGUGCACUUGGAUUACCUAGAGUCUGGAGCAAACAUCAUCAUAACCGCAUCAUACCAGGCGACUAUACAAGGAUUUGUAGCUAAGGGUUUAUCGGUGGGAGAAGCGGAGAGUUUGCUGCGGAGGAGCGUAGAACUCUCAUGUGAGGCACGUGAGAUUUUCUACAACAGAUGCAACAAGGGUUCUUGGGAUUUUGACCACGUCGGAAAAGCUUCCCGGCGACCAGUUCUUGUAGCAGCUUCCGUUGGUAGCUAUGGAGCUUAUCUCGCCGAUGGCUCUGAAUACAGCGGAGUAUAUGGAGAUUCUGUAAGCAAGGAGUCAUUGAAGGACUUCCAUAGAAGAAGAGUCCAAAUCCUAGCAAAAUCGGGAGCCGAUCUAAUUGCGUUUGAGACCAUUCCAAAUAAGCUCGAAGCUGAGGCUUACGUGGAUCUUCUUGAAGAGGAAGGCAUAGACAUUCCAGCAUGGUUCGCGUUCACUUCCAAGGAUGGAGUCACUGUGCCAAGUGGAGAGUCUAUUAUAGAAUGCGCGGAAGUGGCAGAUUCUUGCAAGAAACUGGUGGCCAUUGGAAUCAAUUGUACUGCACCAAGAUACAUUAGUGAUUUGGUUAUCUCCUUGCGCCAGGUGACUCACAAACCGAUCAUUGUCUACCCAAAUAGUGGAGAAGUCUAUGACGGUCUGAACAAGAAAUGGAUUAAAUCAGAGGAAGAAUCUGAGGAGGAUUUUGUGUCGUAUGUAAGUAGAUGGAGAGAAGAAGGAGCAUCUCUGUUUGGAGGGUGUUGUCGGACUACUCCAAACACCAUCAAAGCCAUUACUAAUGUUCUCUCAUGUGAGUCUUCGGCACCAUCCAAACUCAAAUUCUGGUAGAAGACUUGUCAUCGAUGGAGUUUCUGCGCUUGUGGUGUCAGGUAGGACGAGUUUGGAAUAUACAUAGGCGCAGAUGAUCUUAUGGACACUAAUACGUUUCUUUCUGUGUUACUAGAUAAUUUAUAUAUAUAUCCUUGUCUUUUGUCGCAGCUAAAAGAAUGUCAACUAUGAUAGUAGGUUAUAAUGCCGGAUAUGAUAAUAAGAGUAUUGUCUCAUCGCGGGAUAUAAGUGAUGGUUUAAUGUUGAUGUAAAAGAAGCAUAUUUCUAUAUGUGGUGUAAAACGCGAUGUAAUGAAUAAACUUCUACUUGUCUUC